GCGCAGUGGCACCAAGCGUUUCCGCGGUCUUCUUUGCCGUCCAGCAAAUUUUCGCCUUCGACAAAAACUACAAUUUGCACAAUGUCCACCAGGGUUGCCGUGGUAACUGGCGGGAACAAGGGAAUUGGCAAGGCCAUCGUCCAGGCGCUCUGCAAGCAGUUCCAGGGCGACGUUUACCUCACGGCCAGAGACACGGGGCGGGGUCAGGACGCGGUGUCGUCCUUGUCCUCUGAGGGCCUGAAGGUCCACUUCCAGCAACUGGACAUCAACGACAACAGCAGCAUCAGCGCGGCAGCCGCCUACUUCAAGGACAAGUAUGGCGGCGUGGACGUGCUGGUCAACAACGCUGGCAUCGCUUUUAAAGGUGCUGACACCACUCCAUUUGCCACCCAGGCCGAGGUCACGCUGAAGACCAACUACUUCGCCACGCAGGACGUGCUGACCCACUUCCUGCCUCUCGUCAAGGCCGGAGGCCGCGUGGUCAACGUGUCCAGCUUCGUCAGCGUGCGCAGUCUGAAUAAGUGCAGCCCGCAGCUGCAGGAGCGUUUCCGCAGCGAGGACAUCACGGAGGAGGAGCUAACGCAACUCAUGCGGCGCUUUGUGGACAGCACCAAGAAGGACCAGCACAAGCAAGACGGCUGGCCUGACACGGCGUACGGCGUGUCCAAGAUCGGCGUCACGACUCUGUCCAAGAUCCAGGCCAGGCGUGUGUCCAAAAAGAGACCAAAUGAUCAGAUCCUGGUGAACGCGUGUUGUCCUGGGUGGGUGCGCACGGACAUGGCCGGACCCAAAGCCCCCAAGUCUCCAGAGGAGGGCGCUGUGACGCCCGUCUACUUGGCCCUGCUCCCUGCCGGCGCCACGGAGCCUCACGGCGAGUUUGUGUCCGACAAAGUGGCCCAAGCCUGGUGAAGGUUCUUUUCAGUCCACUCUUCACUCUUCUUUAAAUCCAAACUCUCUUACUUUAACCCAAGCACUCUUAAUUAAAGGGAAUAAACCAUUUUUAUACCAGCUUUAGAAUCAAAAGACAAAUCUCAGUAAAAUGAGUCGCAUUACUGAACGCUAACGUGUUUUGAUGAAGUUGCUCAGUGGUGUCUAGGAAUCAUUCAAAGUCAUGUGACCAGUCAUGUGACCAGUCAUGUGACUUUCCCAGGCUAUGAAAAUAAUGUGCCAAAUAAGCUAGCUCAUUUGCAAAAGUAUAUUUUUGUUCAUUAAAGUUCAUUUUAAAUCAA